AUACGGACCUCCCAAUGGCAUUUUACUAAAUGCUCAGCCAUAAUUAAAUAAAUAUGUAGGCCAAAAAACAUGGCCAUUAAUAUACCCAAUAAAGCUGGUCUGUUUCUGUUGUGUUCUCCUCCACCUGAAACCACCGCGAGCAAGGUCUAAGGGGGUUGGUGCACACACAGGCUUUUGUAACAGUGCUGAUAAAAAUAGGGAACUGUAUUCGUGUCCGAAACGUGGAUAUGGGAUCUGAAGGACCCAAGGCAGUUACCAUUCAUGUAACUGGAUUUAAGAAGUUCCAAGGGGUUGCUGAAAAUCCUACAGAAACAAUUGUUAGCAACCUGAAGGAUUUCAUUGAAAAGAGAGGGUUGCCACCUGGUGCUACUCUUGGGAGUUGCACCAUACUUGAGACUGCUGGAGAUGGUGCUCGCCAGACCUUGGAAUCAUGCAUCUCAGAAACAGAUAUUUCAAGCCACAAGCAAAUCAUAUGGCUACACUUGGGGGUGAAUAGUGGGGCUCCAAAAUUUGCCAUUGAGCAGCAGGCAGUAAAUGAAGCCACUUUUCGUUGUCCAGAUGAGCUAGGAUGGCAACCUCAGCAAAUCCCUAUAGUAUCUGAAGACGGAGGAACUACUCGAGCAAGAGAGACUUCUUGCUGCAUUGAGGAAAUCCUGAAGUUCUUGAAGAAGAAGGACUUUGAUGUGACAAUUUCAGAUGACGCCGGCCGUUUUGUGUGCAAUUAUGUAUAUUAUCAUUCUCUCCGUUUUGCGGAACAGAAGGGUCACAAAUCUUUAUUUGUCCAUGUGCCUCUAUUUUCAAGAAUCGAUGAAGAAACCCAGAUGCGUUUUGUAGCCUCCCUUUUGGAAGCUAUUGCAUCUACAUGUUAUUGAUAUGAGUGCUUAUUUGAACAUUUCUUGUUUGUUUGCCAUCUUCUGGUGCAUGUGAAUCAUUUGUGUCAAUACCAAUCUAGUUGUAAAACACCUACCUGUAUGAACUUUGUGGUCUGCUGUUUGUUCAUUUGUGGUCCUACCUAUUCAGAGCAAGUCAUCAACAUGUAAAAUUCAGGUGUAUGUUAUGUCAAGAAACUGCUGCCCAAUUUCUCAAA